AUGGCAGAGGCGGAGGAGGCGCAAGUCCAUGUUGAUGCGAUCGCAGAGCUCCUGACCACGUAUAAUGAGCUCAACAGCUGCGCAGUCGACGAGCUCGAGGGGGAGCCUAGUCCCCUCGAGUUCAUGCGAUAUGUGGCUAGGAACACCCCAUUCGUCGCAAGACGUGCGGCGGCGGGCUGGAGGGCCUGCCAGACAUGGGACGCCCAAUAUCUCCGGGACGUGCUCGGCCACGAGACGGUCAACGUCGCGGUGACGCCAAUGGGCAACGCCGACUCUCCCACAGAGCUCGAGAUCGGCGACGACGGCAAUCUAGUCUUCGCCAAGCCCUGGGAGGAGGACCAACCGUUUGCCGAAUUCCUGGAACAUGUGAUCCGGCAGGAGACAGACCCUUCCUUUCCCCCCGACGCUGAAGUCCGAUACGCCCAGACCCAGAACGACAACCUGCGCCACGAGUAUCUCUCCCUCUUCAGCCACGUCCAGCGCGACAUCCCCUUCGCGCGGGUGGCGCUCCAGAAGGUCCCCGACGCAAUCAACCUCUGGGUCGGCAACUCGCGGUCCGUCACGGCCCUGCACAAGGACAACUACGAGAACGUCUACGUCCAGGUCCUGGGCCGGAAGCACUUCGUCCUGCUGCCGCCGCCGUGCCAUCCCUGCGUGAACGAGAGGAGCCUCAGGCCCGCGACUUAUCGCCGCCGCCUGAGCCAGGGGUCGUCGUCGCUCUUGGCGUUGGAACUGGACGGCGGCGGGGACGGGGGUGCCGGGGUGCCAUUUCCGACCUGGGACCCUGACCGGCCCGAGGAGAACGCCACGGCUUACUCGACCCUGGCGAGGCCGGUGCGGGUCACGCUUAAUCCUGGCGAUAUGCUCUAUCUGCCGGCGAUGUGGUACCAUAAAGUCUCACAGUCGGGUUCUGAGGAGGGGAUUUGUGUGGCGGUUAAUUAUUGGUAUGACAUGGAUUUCUCAGGGCCGUUGUACCCAUUUGGCAACUUCGUUAGGUCCGUAUACUCGGGCCAGCAGGAUAGGGAAUAA